AUGUCAUCCCUUGGAGUCAAUUAGAAUCUUGGUCAAUAUUGAAUGACUUAGUCAUUUUUCAAGGGAAAUAGAUUGAUUCAUGGCGACGUGAUCCUCCUGUCACUUCUGGUUCCUUUUUUUUCCUUUUUUUUUUUUUUUCCUGUUCUACAUGGAGUCAUUUCUUGUGAGAACCUUUUAACAUUCAAAGAAGAGCCUCAGAGGAGACUAUGCCAUAAGCCUAUCCCAAACUCAAGGAUUAGAGAAACAGAGCCCACCUUUGAGGAAUCCUGUUUCUCUUGGCUCUUGAUGGAAGGACCCAUCAAGUCACCUUGCAAGGAGCCUGAGAACCAAGAAAGGGACAUAGGGAGCAUGGAUGCCUGGACCUCAGGCAGUAUCUUCCUGAAGCUGUGGGGAAUAUAUGUGUCUCCAAGAAGCCCAGGGUGGGUGGGCUUGCUUCAGCACUUAGGUGCUUGCUGCUUGGUAGCUUCUGUCUCAGCAGGCCUCUUCUCUGUGGCCUUCCACUGGCUUCUGUCCUCCCUGCUUGUCUUUGUCAUCUCCUGGGCAGUCAUGUGUGUUCUGCUGUGCUGCUCCAAGCACAUGCGUUGCUUCCUUAUCCUCUUCUUCCUCUCCUGCGGCCUGAAGAAAGGCAGGAAUGCUUUGAUGGCUGCUGGCACAGGGAUUGUCAUCUUUGGACACCUAGAAAACAUUUUCCACAACUUGAAAGGCUUCCUGGACAGCAUGACUUGCAACUUACAGGUGAAGAGCUUUUUCAUUCAUUUUCCACUUUUGGAAAAAUACAUUGAAGCCAUCCGGUGGAUUUAUGGUCUGGCCACUAACCUGGAUCUCUUUGAUGGCCUGGUUUCCUGGAAUCAGACUCUGGCAGUUUCUCUUCGCAGCCCCAGCCAAGCCCUGGAGGCCCAGCUCAAUGACACGAAAGGCCAAGUCUUAGGUGUCUUGUAUCAGCUGGUGAUGACCACAGAGGUGCUGUCUACUCUGGGGAGGCAGCUGCUGACCCUUGCAGGGAUGUUGCUGGUCUUGCUUGGCACUGGCCUCUUCAUGAAGCGGUUUCUGGACCCUUGUGGAUGGAAGUUUGAGAACUUAUACCUAACUAGACAAUUUGUUCAGUUUGAUACAAGGGAGAGGUGUCGAGAGAGGCCCUGUGUCCUCCCACUAAGUAAGAGGGAAAGGAAGAAGUACGUCAUGGUCCCCUCUUUCUGGCUGACUCGCAAAGAAAGAAGAAACCUGGUGCUGUUCUUCCUCCCAGUGCUCACACACCUUUAUGUCUGGGUGCUGUUUGCAGCCAUUGAUUAUCUGCUAUAUCGACUCAUUUUCUCCGUGAGCAAACAUUUCCAGAGCUUGCCAGGGCUUGAGGUUCACUUGAAGUUGCACAGAGAGGAGCAUGGAACUCAAGACAUUCUCCAUGACUCUUCCUUUAUUAUAUCCAUAUAUGAACCCAGCUGCAUCCCUAGACCAAAGAUCCUUUUGUCUAAGACCUGGAUUCUUCUCAGCAUCAUUCUUGUUGUACUUGUGAUACUAGGACUGUUGUCCUCCAUCCUUAUGCAGCUUAAAAUUUUGGUGUCAUCAUCCUUCUACCCAAGUGUAGAGAGGGAGCGCAUCCGGUAUCUACAUGCAAAGAUACUACGGAAACGAUCAAAGCAAGCAGUAGAAGAGAAAAGACAACCAAGUCAGGACUUUACAAAGAUUCAUUUUUGGUUUCCUGUCCUGGAAAUGGUUAGGAAGAAACAAAUGGAUAUCCUAAGCUGAAACAACCCAUGCUGACCACACUGUACCUGCAGUUCUCCUCUUUCUGCCAGUGUUGGUCACUGUUCCUGGUCAACCAUAGAGAACUAUGCUGCAAGGACUACGCUGAGGUCAAAGGGUCAACAGGCAAAUGGUUAUGUCAUUUAUCUUCCAAACAAGACAUUAAAUCUGACCCAUGUCAUAGUGUAGCAGGACAAUCACCAGGCCCUUUGAGAAAACAUUUCAGUAUGCAAUAGCAAUUAAAAUUAAAACAAAACAAAAACCAUCUUCACUGAAUACUCACAAGCAGACACUAAGUAUGAUGCCAGUAAAAUGUCUGUAUACUUUUCAUCUCUUUUUUGCUCUGUUUAAUA